GACGGCGUCUAAUGCCUUCGGUAGGCGGUGGGCAGGGACAAGAGCAAUUGGUAUCGGCUUAUUCAUUGUCACAUGUACCCAGUUACGGUGGAGAACUUUUGUCUGCCUGUCAUCCAGACAGAUCAUUCCAUGCACAAGUGCGUCAAGUUCAGUGAAGAGCCAUGUCUGUCCAGGACACCCGUCCAAACCACACCAUCUACAUCAAUAAUUUGAACGAGAAGAUUAAAAAAGAUGAGCUGAAGAAGUCGCUCUAUGCCAUCUUCUCCCAGUUUGGCCAAAUUCUGGACAUCCUUGUCUCCAGGAACCUGAAGAUGCGGGGGCAGGCCUUUGUCAUUUUCAAGGAAGUCAGCAGUGCUACCAAUGCCCUAAGGUCUAUGCAAGGGUUUCCGUUCUAUGACAAGCCGAUGCGGAUCCAGUAUGCAAAAACGGAUUCUGAUAUUAUAGCCAAGAUGAAGGGCACCUACGUGGAACGUGACAGGAAGAAGGAGAAGAGGAAGGUGAAAGCUCCUGAACCUUCUGUCAACAAGAAAGCAAAUGCCCCACCAACAGCCAAUGCUGUGCCCCCUCCCGUCUCGGGCAUGCCUAUGAUGAGCCAAGCCCCACGGAUGAUGCCAAUGUCGGGGCAGCCUCCCUACAUGCCACCACCUGGGAUGAUGCCUCCACCUGGGAUGGCACCUGGCCAGAUGCCACCAGGUUCCAUUCCUCCUGGCCAAAUGAUGCCUGGCCAGAUGCCACCACCUGCUCAGACGGUGUCUGAAAAUCCACCCAAUCACAUCCUCUUCCUGACCAACCUGCCUGAGGAGACCAAUGAGUUGAUGUUGUCCAUGCUUUUCAAUCAGUUCCCUGGGUUUAAGGAAGUACGCCUGGUCCCUGGUCGCCAUGACAUCGCCUUUGUGGAGUUUGACAAUGAGGUCCAAGCUGGCGCAGCACGUGAUGCCUUGCAGGGGUUCAAGAUCACUCAGUCGAAUGCAAUGAAGAUCUCCUUUGCAAAGAAAUGA